CGGCGUCCCCGCUGCGACCAGCACCCGGGAGCCCCCGUCCAUCUGGCGACCCCCAGCCCAGCCCCCGAACUUUCAGACACUCCCUGCGGCCCCGCCCCCUCAGGGACCCCCUGGGGACCCUCGGACUCCCCGCAACUCCCCUGCCCCCUAAAACCACUUCGAUUCCUCAACUGUUCCCCCGGCCAGCGGGAACCCUCGCCAUGUCUCGCUCUUACGGCGGCCGGGUGCUGGCCGCAAUGACCUUGUUGGGCAUCGCGGCGGCUGUGCUGACGGUGCUGGGCGCGCAGCUGCUGUUCCAGCUGCAGGCGGGCCGCGCUGAGCUGCGGGGGCUGCGCGAGGACGGGCUGGGCCAAGAGCUGGGCGCCGGCCCCGGGCUGCCCGAAGACGCGGCCGGGGCGCUACUGCCGCUGGCCGCCGCGCUUGCCGCGCUGGUGCUGGUGCUGGGGUUCACCUGCCUGCUGCUCGCUGCGCUCUGUGGCCACUUGGGCGCCGAGCUGGCGCGGGGUCCUGGCCCCAGGAGGUCUGACUGGUUUCUCUAUGACUGCCGCCUCCUCAGACACGUGGCCCUUGGCCUUUUCUGCUGUGGGAUCUCUGUCUACUUAGCAGCACUGUCCAUCUAUGCCUUGCUACUUUUCGAGAUCGAGACAGGCGCAGCAGCUGCUUCCAUCCUCGGCUCUGGCGCCCUGGUUCUGGUGGCUGUGCUGACCCAUACUCUCCUCCGGGCUGCUCGGGCCACCCGCCGUGGGCUCCAUGAGUUGUCCCCGCCAUCCUUUGAAGAUGACCUCACCCGCCCUGCUGAAGUCUCCAAGGCCAGCCCCAGAGCUCAGCCUCAGCAGGAUGAGGAAACCGAGGCCCCAAGAGAGGCAGUGACUCACCUGGGGGCCCACGGCCAGGACUGAGCACCAGAGCCAGGAUCCUCACCUGAACCCUGUAAUCUCCAGGCUGCUGAUGUGCAAAUCUCAGACUCUGCAAAAUCCGCUGCGCCCCCUUGGGCUGUGAACAUUUCAAACCCAUGUGUGCCAAGCUUGGAGCAGCCCAGGGCCAGAGGCACGGCUGGAGGGCUGGACCCAGGUUCCUGGCUGUGGACUCAUGGCUAAGGGCUUAGCCGCUUUGUGCCUCAGUUUCCUCAUCUGUAAUAUGGGGACAAGAAGUGGCCCUGUCUCCAAGGGCUCAGACAAGACACAUGACUUCAUGUGAGGCAUUCCAGGGACCCCCACACAA